AUGACCUGUAACUUUGACGGAACCGCCACACCAUCUUCUCUCCAUGCCCCUAUUGAAGCAGGUGGCCAAACCCAUACCAAUUAUACUAAUCCAUCAUACUACUCCUUGCCCGAUGACUGGCAAUACACUGGACCAAUGUUUGCCUAUAUGGCUGCAUGCCCGGGCGACUCCUGCGAAGGCUUUGAUGGCAGUGGUGCUGUCUGGCCGGGCUAUACCGUGACCAUCCCCAAAAAUCUCAAGCCUGGUAAUUAUUUGAUCAGACAUGAGGCCAUUCAGAUGCGGAGCAGGACACCGAUGUUUUCCCCAGACUGUGCACAGUUGGCUGUGUCUGGGGAAGGGACUGCGCUUCGGGGAGAGGAAUACCUAGUCAGCUUUCCAGGGGCCUAUUCACUUGAAGAUCCAGGACUUACUAUCGCAGAUUCGGGGAUCUCAGUUGAUGCUCCUUUGCAACCUAAGUGGAAUACUACAGUUUAUGCAUUCCCGGGACCCGCUGUCUGGCACGGAGAAUAG